UCCCACUUGGCUGUCCGCCUUCACUGUUUCAUGGUCUCUUCCUUUUUCUAGGUAUUGAGAAUUUGCCAUUUGAACUACAGAGAAACUUUCAGCUUAUGCGAGAUCUCGACCAACGAACAGAAGAUCUUAAAUCAGAGAUUGAUAAAUUGGCUACUGAGUACAUUAGCAAUGCACGGACCUUGUCUUCGGAGGAGAAACUGGGGCUUCUGAAGCAAAUCCAAGAAGCGUAUGGGAAAUGCAAGGAAUUUGGGGAUGACAAAGUGCAGCUUGCUAUGCAAACAUAUGAGAUGGUAGAUAAGCAUAUCCGGCGGUUAGACACAGAUCUUGCCCGAUUUGAAGCUGAUCUGAAAGAGAAACAAAUUGAGUCAAGUGAUUAUGACAGCUCAUCCAGCAAAGGCAAAAAAAAAGGACGAGCCCAGAAAGAGAAGAAAGCUGCCCGUGCUCGCUCCAAGGGGAAGAAUUCUGAUGAAGAGGCACCAAAGACAGCACAAAAGAAGCUGAAAUUAGUCCGCACCAGCACAGAGUAUGGAAUGCCUUCUGUUACCUUUGGCAAUGUGCACCCUUCUGAUGUACUGGACAUGCCUGUGGAUCCCAAUGAACCUACGUACUGCCUCUGCCACCAAGUCUCAUAUGGGGAAAUGAUUGGUUGUGACAACCCAGAUUGCUCAAUUGAAUGGUUCCAUUUUGCUUGUGUGGGCUUGACGACAAAGCCACGAGGGAAAUGGUUCUGUCCUCGCUGUUCCCAGGAGAGGAAGAAGAAAUAAAAAUUUACUUCUUCUAAGCUGAUAACUGUUUCCAGAGAAUUCAACUAUGUUCCUGGACUUCAGCACUCUUUUCCCAGUUCCUGGGGCCUCAUAGUUAGGGGGUCUCACCCUGGGUGAGAAGAGUUGCCUGUGAAUGGUUUGUACCCCUAUGAUGGUUCCCUUGUGUGUGUCCUGAAACACUCACUACUUGCCCUUGAGGGGGAGAUGGAGUAAGUCCUCUUCUUUUCUACAGCCUUAUACCCUCCACAGAUUUCAGAGCCUGUAUCCACUAAAGGAAACCAAGACUUAUUGGUGGGAGAAGGAAUGAUGCCUGAAUAUCUAAUAGAAGAACAAAAUAUUCCUUCCAGAUUUCCUAAGCUUGUCUCAGAAGAUGGGCAGCCAGGGGCAGCCCUUUAUCCAGUAAGUGAUAUAAGAAGAUAGACCUCUUAUUCUUUCUCUCCCCCCACCCCCAAACAUUCCAUUUUUCAAAGGGAGAGGAAUGGUUUCGAACCAGCUGGAAUGUGGCUCAUUUUCUUCAUGGGGAAAACGUUCUAUGAGGUGAGAGUUCCCUGAUGCCUGCUGAAUGAAAUGUUUAUGGAUUUUGUAACAGAGGCCUGUCCAGCUCCCUCCUCCCUUGGUGGUGCUUUUUUUGGGGGGAAACCCCCUUGUUGUAACAUGGCAUUAAAUAAAUAAAGUCAAUUCAACAAAC